GAAUUGUCACAUCAUGAAACUUCUAUAAUCACAGGUGCUAUAGAUUUGACUCAGAAGACAGCUAAAGAUGCAAUGACACCCAUAUCUCAAAUUUUUUCUCUUGAUAUAAAUUCUAAACUUGACAUGCAUACAAUGACACAAAUAAUGAGCAAAGGUCACAGUCGAAUACCAAUCCAUUCUGGGCACGCAAGAAGUAUCAUUGGCCUCAUAUUGGUUAAAAACUUGAUAUUCUGCCGCCCUGAAGAUGAGACACCCAUAAAGAAUUUGAUUAUUAGGAAAAUUCCAAGAGUUUAUGAAAGUUGGCCACUAUAUGAGAUAUUGAAUCAAUUCCAGAAGGGUCACAGUCACAUGGCUAUUGUCUUGAAAUCCAACAAAGACACAGAGAGCACUACAACUAGUGCUGUGGGUGCACCCACCUAUUUUAAUAUAAUUACUCCUAAAACAUCAAAUUCGGCUCAUGCUGAAGUUGUUGCAGAAUCUGAUUCUUCCUUUGUCCUUGAAAUGAGUCAGAGAAGUUCUGUACAUGAAUCCUGUUUAAACUCCAGUGAUGCGGAAUUUCAUAGUCCAACAUUAAGAAAUGUCAUGGAACUAGACAGUGAAGCGAGUCAAGAAAAUGAAUAUUUCUCACAGGAACAAAUAGAUUCUCUUCCAGAUGUUAUAGAUGAAGAGGUUAUUGGCAUCAUCACAAUGGAAGAUGUCAUGGAGGAACUGUUACAGAAAGACAUAUUGGAUGAAACUGAUGAAUAUGUACACGUUCAAAAGAACAUUAGAAUCAAUCUGCUGCAGUCACUUAAGUCACAAUCAAGAUCAUCAUGGAGGGCUUCUGGUUCUGGUCAUCGAUAA